AUGCCUACCUCUGCCGACUCUCCUCCGCUCAUGCUGAUCACAUCCAUCUCUUCGUUUCCGCUUCUGCUCCGACCAUCGAUGACCAUCCUCUCUUUCCUCGCCCACUCGAAAUCGAGCCUGUUGAACCCAGACACGAGUCCGAUCCUUCGAUUAGCGCUCAAGAGAACGUUCUAUGCCCAGUUUUGUGCCGGCGAGACACCCACAGAAGUCCAACAGACGAUAGCAGGGCUGAAACAGACUGGCUUCAAGGGUGUAAUCCUGGGCCAUGCCCGAGAAGUGGUCUUGACCAAAGCGGACGCGGAAGGCCUCAACCCAGACAACGACUGCGGCGAACAAGCUCGUUGCAAUGCUGAGGACAUCAAGCGCUGGAGGGAAAACACCAUCAACACCAUAGACUUAACGCAAAAGGGUGACUUCGUCGCGCUCAAGUUCACCGGCGCCGGCAGACAGGCAUUGCAACACCUGAAAGCCAACAUUCCUUGUGCACCAAAGUUCGAGCAGGCUGUUCACGAGAUGUGUCAACGAGCACAAGCACGCGGCGUGGGUCUGCUGUUUGAUGCCGAGCAGGCUGCCUUGCAGAAUGGCAUUGAUGCCUGGACUAUGUACUUCGCCAAGAUCUACAACAAAGGCGAGAAAGCGCUCGUCUACGGCACAUAUCAAGCAUAUGCGAAGCGCACGCCAGGCGUCUUAGCAGCACAUCUGCAGCGAGCUAAGGAAGAGAAUUUCAUCCUGGGUGUCAAACUUGUUCGGGGCGCCUACCUAGGAAGCGAUCCUCGCGAGUUGUUCUGGCCAACUAUUGAGGGAACACACGCAUGCUACAACGGCAUCGCUACGAGUCUCCUACAACGUCAGUAUGGCGAGAUGCUGCGACCUGCUCAGGCAGCGGAAGUAGAGUUCCCUAAGGUCAACGUGGUCCUUGCAAGUCACAACGCGGAAUCAGUCAGCAUCGUCCGUGAGCUACGCAACAAGCAAGCUCAGGCAGGUCAAGAACUCGUCCCGCUCGCCUACGGCCAAUUGAUGGGCAUGGCCGACAAUGUGAGCUGCGAUCUUGUCCACGCCGCCAAACAAACAUCCACGGACACCAACAACACGAAUCUAGAUGCUCCACAAGCAUACAAGUAUUUAGUGUGGGGAAAGAUGUCUGAAUGCAUGAAGUACCUUCUGCGACGCGCUCAGGAAAAUAAGGAUGCAGUCUCCCGAACGGUGGAGGCUCGGAAGGCUUUGAGCAAGGAAGUACUGCGACGGGUAGGAUUGGUUCGUUGA